UGGGCACCCCUUCAAGCCCACAUCACUACUUUGCACAUCGUGAGAAGGGGUAAACUAGUUGGGCUGUCACCUUCUGUCAUCCCACAGCAACAUUGCAUGCAUCCCACUCUCCUCCCACCGCGAGAACAGCUGCACGCCGCGGACGCUCCGAUGUGGAAUACCUAGAAAACGCUCAAUUAGCGCGCGAGGGAAUUGCACUCAUUACUUCUGCCUAAUCUUCAAUUUCGAUGGAAUAUCGGAGCACAAAUUCAAUGAUGGCAAAGUGGUUCGUCUACGCGUUACGUCUAUUGGUGAUUCUGGAGCUGGCUUGGACUAAAACGCUGCCCGGGGAUGUGCGUCAAAUCGCGUCGGAGCGACGCGUCUUUGCGCAUCCGAGAUCCGGCCGGGAUGCGGUGACCAGUAGCAUGUUUCAAGUCUACGAGAGCUACAGCAAAGAUCCGCGCAACCACAAACUGGGAAACACCGUGAGGAGCUUCACGGCUGUCCCGAGAGUGUUGCGUGGAAAAGAAAUGUUCCAGUUCAACCUCUCCUCCAUCCAAGACUCAGAGGUCAUCCUCUCGGCCUCCUUUCACUUCUUCUACAAGCGCCGACACCAGCGGCCGUGGCGUUUCCAGAGACCUCGCCGGCCAUCUGCCACCACCUACCAUCAACAUCCGCCUGCCCUGCAGAUUCUUUUCCACGGCGUGUCGGCAAACUCGGCCUCCACAACGCUGCUGGGAAACUUCACAUUCAGCGCCUUUAAGAAAGGGGCGUGGCAAUCAAGGGAUGUUACCACUGUGAUCAAGCAAGCGAGAGAAGACCUGAUCAUCAUGGUGGAGACCGAUUUGAUGACAAGGGCUAAUCAGCAGCAUAGAAGUCUUAACGACCAGGACGGUUUCUUUGACGACAACAUGCCGUUUAUAAUUCUCUACGCUGAUGAUCAAGCCAUAGGCGAGCCCAACAGCGUGGCCGCAACCCUGCAGAGAUACGGACCCUUCCCCAUGGGGGAGGAUGCGACCACCUCAUCCUCAAGGAUCCGGAGAGAGCUCCAGCUGCAGAUCCAAACCAAUGACAUUCCAGAGGUCAAGUUCAACACGCUGAAGAACCACGAACUGUGGCAGAGCACCUAUUUUCCUGCCAAAUCCAAAAGCAAAGCAGGAAGGAAGCAGAACCAGGAGGGCAGUGAGGUGCUGAACUUUGACGAGGGGACGAUGAAGAAGGCCCGCAGGAGGCAAUGGAGCGAGCCCAGGGUUUGCGCAAGGCGCUACCUCAGGGUGGACUUUGCCGACAUCGGAUGGAGUGAAUGGGUUUUAGCACCAAAGUCAUUUGACGCCUACUACUGUGCUGGUUCUUGUGGAUUUCCCAAGGUGGUACGCCCAUCUAACCACGCCACUAUCCAGAGCAUCGUCCGAGCUGUUGGAAUCGUGCCGGGUAUUCCGGAACCGUGCUGCGUGCCAGAAAAGACGAGUCCCCUCAGUGUGCUUUUCCUGGACCCGGAUAGGAAUAUGGUGCUCAAGGUUUAUCCAGGAAUGUCCGUGGAUACCUGCGCCUGCCGGUAGGAGCCGAUGGAGCCCUCCCGAGAUGUGCUGAAAAGUGCAGGCAGUGGUCAUGUAGCCGGGACUUCAUAGGCACUGGUUGAAAAGAAACUCAGGCUUUUCCUUGUUUUUAUUU